AUGCAGGGCCUGGGAGACCCUGGAGAGCUCGCGGGCCGGGGCGGGGCCAGGUGCUCCAAGUUUGGCCUGGCGUGCAGCCCCGCCCCGGGGGCGGGGCCUCACCUGCGGCGGGCAGGUAGGCAGCUGCUUGGUAACGCGAUCCUGGCCCUGGAGGCUUGGGCGCGCGCAGCCAGCCCCGGCCUCGCCUGGGACCGAGGGGCGCCAGACUGGAGGCCAGGCGUGGGGCCUCGCCCGCUCACCAUGGUGGAGCGACGCUUCUCCAAGUUCCUGCAGAAAUUCACCUUCUCCCGCGCAGGCCACCAGUACGAGCCGCUGGAGAGGGAAGAGUUGGAAGCCCUGGAGUAUAUACCUAGGAGUGACAUUGCUGGGUCAUAUGGUAGUUCUAUGUUUAGUUUUUUGAGAAACCGCCACACUGGGCUGCGUCCCAGCUGCCUGGAACACAGAAGAGCCAUGGUGGCCCGAUUGAAGUGGGUGGAGACUGAUGAACAAUGUGAGUUGAAAGCCAUCGAAAAAGAUAAGCUGGUGGUACCUCUGCCACCCAAGGAAGCAUGCAAAUGCAACAAAGAAGACUUGGCCAAAGCAUUUUACGUGGACUUGGAGAAUGGGCUGUCAGAGUUCUCAGUGACACAACGCAGGCUGGUCCAUGGCUGGAACGAGUUUGUUGCCAACAAUACAGAACCCGUGUGGAAGAAAUACCUUGACCAGUUUAAAAACCCCCUGAUCCUGCUGCUGCUGGGCUCGGCCAUGGUGAGUGUGCUCACCAAGGAAUAUGAAGACGCCGUCAGCAUCACCAUGGUGACAGACCUCUUGGUGGACGAGUCUAGUUUUACUGGAGAAGCUGAGCCAUGCAGUAAGAUGGACAGCCCCCUGCCAGGCGGGGGAGACCUCGCCACGCUGAGCAACAUCGUUUUCAUGGGCACGCUGGUGCAGUGCGGGAAAGGCCAGGGCGUCGUGAUUGGAACAGGGGAGAGGUCUCAGUUCGGAGAAGUCUUUAAGAUGAUGCAGGCUGAAGAGACACCUAAAACGCCCUUACAGAAAAGCAUGGAUAAGCUGGGGAAGCAGCUGACACUCUUCUCGUUUGGCAUCAUAGGUCUAAUCAUGUUCAUUGGCUGGCUGCAAGGGAAGCAGCCGCUCAGCAUGUUCACCAUCGGGGUCAGGGUGACGCUGCCACUGGUGACCACCUUAUGUCUGCCUUCCCUGCAGGUCAGCGGAGUUGGGUAUAAUGGCAAAGGGAGCGUGUGUCUUUUACCAUCCAGGGAAUUACUUAAGGAAUUUUCCAACAUCUCGGUGGGAAAAUUAGUGGAGGCAGGCUGUGUGGCCAACAACGCCAUCAUCAGGGAGAACGCGGUGAUGGGACAGCCCACAGAGGGGGCCCUGAUCGCCCUGGCGAUGAAGAUGGGUUUAAGUGGUAUUAAAGAUUCCUAUGUAAGAAAAAAAGAGAUUCCAUUCAGCUCGGAGCAGAAGUGGAUGGCAGUGAAAUGCAGCCCAAAGAAUGAGGCACAGGAGGACAUUUACUUCAUGAAGGGGGCCCUGGAGGAAGUGAUCCAUCACUGCACCAUGUACAACCACGGGGGCAUCUCCCUGCCACUGACACCCCAGCAGCAGUCACUCUGCCUUCACGAGGAGAACAGGAUGGCCUCGCUCGGCCUGCGGGUGCUGGCCCUGGCAUCUGGGCCCAAGCUGGGGCAGAUGACGUUUCUGGGCCUCGUCGGGAUCAUCGACCCGCCGAGGGCUGGCGUAAAGGAGGCAGUCCGGGUACUCUCCGAAUCAGGCGUGUCCAUGAAAAUGAUCACGGGAGAUGCUCUGGAGACAGCUUUGGCAAUAGGAAGAAACAUCGGCCUGUGCAAUGGGCAGCUGAGGGCUAUGUCCGGGGAAGAGUUGGACAGCGUGGAGAAGGGCGAGCUGGAAGAGCACAUCAGGAAGGUGUCUGUCUUCUUCAGGACCAGCCCAAAGCACAAACUCAAAAUCAUAAAGGCCUUGCAGGACUUGGGGGCAGUCGUGGCCAUGACAGGCGACGGUGUGAACGAUGCGGUGGCCCUGAAGUCAGCAGACAUCGGGAUUGCCAUGGGGCAGACAGGGACGGAUGUCAGCAAGGAGGCCGCCAACAUGAUCCUGGUGGAUGAUGACUUCUCUGCCAUCAUAAAUGCAGUGGAGGAAGGCAAGGGGAUUUUUUAUAACAUCAAAAACUUUCUCCGCUUCCAGCUAAGCACGAGCAUCUCCGCCCUGAGCCUCAUCACCCUGUCCACCGUGCUCAACCUGCCCAACCCCCUCAAUGCCAUGCAGAUCCUGUGGAUCAACAUCAUCAUGGACGGGCCGCCAGCACAGAGCCUGGGGGUGGAGCCAGUUGACAAGGACACCCUGGCACAGCCACCAAGGAGUAUCAAGGACACGAUCCUCAGCCGAGCCCUCAUCCUGAAGAUCCUGCUGUCUGCUGCUGUCAUCAUCAGCGGGACCCUCUUCAUCUUCUGGAAGGAGAUCCCUGAAGACAAGGCCAAUACACCACGCACCACGACCAUGACCUUCACAUGCUUUGUGCUUUUUGACCUCUUCAACGCCCUGACCUGCCGUUCCCAGACCAAGCUCAUCUUCCAGAUCGGCUUCUUCAGGAACCGCAUGUUCCUCUACUCCGUGCUCAGCUCCAUCCUGGGGCAGCUGGCUGUGAUCUAUGUCCCCCCAUUGCAGAGGGUCUUCCAGACGGAGAACCUGGGCGUGCUCGAUUUGCUGUUUUUAACUGGAUUGGCCUCGUCAGUCUUCAUUCUGUCAGAGCUCCUCAAAUUCUGUGAACAGUACUGCUGCCGAGCCAGGAGAGUCCAGAUUCCCCAGGAGUAUGUCUAGUGGCCCUGGGCAGGGAGCAAUGCCCUAGAUGAUCUAUGUUUUUAUGUGACUGCGACCUGCUCCCCAUGUUCCCUCUUCAGAGGCGUAUUUUUAGGAAGCCGUAGCAUUUGGUCACUCACGUGCUGAUUCUUCUUGGAAAAUCUACAGUGCUCUUGGGGCGGUUCUUGGGGAGGCUCCGGCCAGGCCUCCAUGACUUCUCCCCGCGUUCUGGGGUACACAGUGAGGAGCCUGUACAGAAACAAUCUGCUAUUUAUUAAAUCACAGUGAUUUUUAUUAUCCACGUCUCUCUAUGAUGUUAUUUGGAACACAGCUCAAUGCGAUGGGCCACUUGUUAAGAAUACAUGGGGCUUCUUGAAGAGGCAGCUGGGAGGGUGGGAAGAGCAGGGGUUGGGGCUUCUGGUCACUUCUCUGCCCAUUGUUGGCAUGAGACUAGGCUGCAUGGAUUAAUCUCAGGGAGGCCGCACUUCCUCAUCUAUAAAAUGGGCGCUUUGGGUACUAUUGUAAACUGUUAUGCAGGGGGCCUAAUUAUCGCUUUGAAGGAUUUAGCCAGUCUUGUUCUUACAAGUGGCCCGGUUGGGAAACUUAUGCUAUUUUGGAAACCCACAGUCUGUGUUUAGAUUAAAAAAUAAGACACAACUAUAAUCUGCCUACAAAAAAAUAUACUGUGAAUGUUAAGACGCAAAUAUUAAAAGUAAAAGGGUGGGAAAAAAAUAUACCAUGCUAAGACUAGUCAAAAGAAAGCCAGAGGGGCUGUAUUAACAGCUAAGUGGAUUUCAGAGCAAAGACUGCUGUC